GGGGUGCGGGUGGCAGUGCGCUGGGCCGGCCGAGCUCACCCCCGCCUCUCCCGCCCCGCAGUGAGAUGAGUGAGAAGGCGCGCAAGGAGGGCCGCCGGCUCUCCAAGAACCAGAGGCUCUCCGAGCACUUCAGCAUCCGCUGCUGCCCGCCCUUCACCUUCCUCAACUCCACGCGCGAGAUCGUGGAUCGCAAGUACAGCAUCUGCAAGAGCGGCUGCUUCUACCAGAAGAAGGAGGAAGACUGGAUCUGCUGUGCCUGCCAGAGGACCAGGUGGGGGCCUGCGGCUCCGCGCCCCGCCCCCUGGCCCCCGGCUCCCUCCCCAAAGGGUCUGCGCACCCCUUCCCGCCCCCUCCCCAAAGGGUCUGCGCGCCCCGCCCCCACCCUCUCCCCAAAGGGUCUGCGCGCCCCGCCCCCUACAGUCCCGUUAGGCUCUGCCUUCUGAGGGUGGGGGGAGCAG